AUGAUUAAAUUUGCUUUUUUACAUUUGAGAAAUCCAUUUAUUCAUCGGAUAAAUUUCUCAAGUUCAACAGCAAAAGUAAAAUAAAGAGUGAUAACAAAAUAAUAAGAGAAUUUCAUUAAUGAGCUUAAAUAGUCUUAUAAGUCUUUGGCUGAUAAUUUAUAAAGUAAAUUUGACAAUAAUAAAAAAAGGUGAGGAAUCUGUGCUUAACUUAUUUAAGAAAGAUUAAGAAGAGGAUAAAUAAUAAUAAAUAGGAUCUGCAAGUGAAAAAGCAGUAAUUGCUUAAUAUAUGAAUGUACUUAACUAUAGGUAGAUAAUUGAUUAAUAAAUAAAAAUAGUUUUGCUUAAUAUUAUUAAAGUUUGAGUCCUGAAGAGUAAUUAAAAAGAAGUAAAGAUAUUAUAAGAUCUGAUGUAUUAAAAAAAGAUUGGGAUACUUUUUUAAGAGAAAAUAGAGAUUAUCAAGAUUAUUCACUUUUUGAUAAAAAUUUAUUAGCAAUAAAAUAUAGUCAUAAAGAUUAUGAAAAAAAUGAAUCUAAAUAUAAAAAUAGAUUGAAUUUUUAUGGUGAUUUGGAUGAAAAUGUAUAGGAAAGACAAGAAAAGGAAAAUAUUUAUAGUUUUAUUUAUGAAAAUCCUGAGAACAAUAAAGUUGUUAGUAAGAUACCUCCAAAAAGAGAAUUAUUUCUUUUAUGGAGAAAAAAGAAAGCAAGAAGAACAAGAAGAGCAAAAAAACUCAUUAAGAGAAAAAUACAAGAUAAUUAAAGAUGGUUAAUGAAGGAGGAUAAUUUAUAAAGAAAACGUAGAAGAUUACCUGCACCAAAAUUAUCAUUCAGAGCAAAAUUUGAAUUGUUUGGAUUAUUUAAUGAGGGUUGGACAGUUAGAGAUUUAUCAAUUAAAUAUGGAAUAAUGCCUUAUAGAGUAAAAGCUAUUAUAUAUUAAAAACGAUAUUUUUUUGAUGAAGUAUUUCCACAUCUUCCAUUUGAAUAUUUAAGAGAUUUGAUAGCAAUAGAACUAUAUUUUGAAAGAUAAUUUGGAGCAGUAGAUUAUGGAGUUGAUAUAGAAUAAAUGAGAAAAAUAGAAUCAGGAUAUUUAUAGACAAAGUAUAUAUAUUAAAUUUAUAAAUAAAUUAGUUUUAAGACACCUGAUAGAAAUGUUGAUAUUGCAAAAUUAUCAGAAAAAGAAUAAGAAAGAAUAAAGAAAUUAUUUGAAGAAAAGAAAUCUAAAAAAUAUGAUAUAGUAACUGAGAAGUUUUAAGGAUAUGGAAAUAAAGGGUAUAAAUAUAUAAAUAUUUAAGUUAUUAUUUGAAAUCUUGGAUUAUGCAUAAAACUCGUUCAAGACAUGGUGUUAAUAGAAUCUUUGAAAGAAUCAUUAAAGAUAGUGAUAAGACUUAUAAAUUACCAGUUACAGCAUAAGCUAGAUUAAAAGAAGGUCCUCGUAUUGCAAGUACUCACUUUGGACAUAAAUGAGAUUAGUAUUUUAAGAAAAUAUAAAUUUAAUUAUGUUAACAUACA